AUGGGCACCGUGAUGGAGGAACGUGUGAAGGCCAUGCUGGGUCCAUCACUGAAGCCAGAAAUGAAAACAAUGAUGCAAGAGCUUGGCGAGAACUUCAAAUUCCCGGAGUGGAAGUACCGGAUGAACAAGCUGGAUUCUUGCAGCAGCGAGGAGGCUUCGAUGUUUGGUGGCGGCGGCGGCGCAGCCUUCGCGCCUGGCCAGGGUCAAGCGAAGGCAUCUUUGGCAGGAACGAUCCCGAAACAGUCGCUCCUUCACGAAUUGGUGGGUAUCGACAGACUGGAGAAGGUGGCCAAACAGUUGGACAAAGGAACAGAUGUGAACGUGCUUGACUGCAUGGGUGAGACACCGCUGUUCUGGGCUGUCUCUGCGGAGGCAGUGGAGUAUCUGGUCAGAGAGGGGGCAGACAUUGAGCACCGGAAUUCGCUUUGCCAGUGCUCGGCCUUCUAUAAAUUCGCGUGUCAGGGACAGCACAAGCCGCUCAAGGCUUUAGCGCUGCAUCUGCGGAAGGCUGGUUCUUUGGAGAAGUACUUGGAUGAGCCGGCUUCCAUCACGAAGAGAACUCCGCUGCACGCUGCGGCUCACAAUGGCUUCCUGCAGACGGUCAAGGAGCUCCUGUCCAUGGGGGCGGACCGAGAUGCCCAGGACUACUUGGGAAAGACGGCAUUGGAUUUGGCACGGGAUCGCGGUUUCAGCGAGGUGGUGACCUUGCUUGAGUGGUGA